UGCGGGUGGGCUGCGGCCGCGGGCUGCCGUUUGCAGGUUCCCAGCGAGUGCGGCCCGGCUGCGCGCUGCCGCCGUCGUGGCUCUUGGGCAAAGUCGGCGCGGCGGGCUGGCAUUAAAAUGAAAAGAUGUCCUUGUACGACGAUCUAGGAGUGGAGACCAGUGACUCAAAAACAGAAGGCUGGUCCAAAAACUUCAAACUUCUGCAGUCUCAGCUUCAAGUGAAGAAGGCAGCUCUCACUCAAGCAAAGAGCCAAAGAACAAAACAAAGUACAGUGCUUGCCCCAGUCAUCGACCUGAAGCGAGGUGGCUCCUCAGAUGAUCGUCAAAUUGUGGACACACCACCACAUGUAGCAGCUGGGCUAAAGGACCCUGUUCCCAGUGGAUUUUCUGCAGGAGAAGUUCUGAUUCCCUUAGCUGAUGAAUAUGAUCCUAUGUUUCCCAAUGAUUAUGAGAAAGUAGUGAAGCGCCAAAGAGAGGAACGACAGAGACAGCGGGAGCUGGAAAGACAAAAGGAAAUAGAGGAAAGGGAAAAGAGACGUAAAGACAGACAUGAAUCCAGUGGGUUUUCAAGGCGACCUGACCCAGAUUCUGAUGAAGAUGAAGAUUAUGAGCGGGAGAGGAGGAAAAGAAGUAUGGGCGGUGCUGCCAUCGCCCCACCUACGUCUCUUGUAGAGAAAGACAAAGAAUUACCCCGAGAUUUUCCUUAUGAAGAAGACUCCAGACCUCGAUCCCAGUCUUCCAAAGCUGCCAUUCCUCCCCCAGUGUAUGAAGAACAGGACAGACCGAGAUCUCCAACUGGGCCUAGCAACUCUUUCCUUGCUAACAUGGGUGGCACAGUAGCACAUAAGAUCAUGCAGAAGUACGGCUUCCGGGAAGGCCAGGGUCUGGGAAAACAUGAGCAGGGACUGAGCACUGCGUUGUCAGUGGAGAAGACCAGCAAGCGGGGCGGCAAAAUAAUUGUGGGUGACGCGAUGGAGAAGGGUGAGUCUCAGGAUGCAUCUAAGAAGUCGGAUUCAAAUCCAUUGACUGAAAUACUUAAGUGUCCCACUAAAGUCGUCCUACUAAGGAACAUGGUUGGUGCAGGAGAGGUAGAUGAAGACUUGGAAGUUGAAACCAAGGAAGAAUGUGAAAAAUAUGGCAAAGUUGGAAAAUGUGUGAUAUUUGAAAUUCCUGGUGCCCCUGAUGAUGAAGCAGUACGAAUAUUUUUAGAAUUUGAGAGAGUUGAGUCAGCAAUUAAAGCUGUUGUUGAUCUGAAUGGGAGGUAUUUUGGUGGACGUGUGGUAAAAGCCUGUUUCUACAAUUUGGAUAAAUUUAGGGUUUUGGAUUUGGCGGAGCAGGUUUGAUUUUCAGAACCAGAGCGCAGGUCACCUCCAGGGAUCCUUGAACUAACUGCAGACUGAGCGGAGGAGAAGCGAUGGUGAAAGCCUUCGUGCCUGUCGGAUGCUGAGGCUCUCGGAAGGACUUCUGUGAUGUGUGUUGGUCUAUCCCUUUUUUGUUUUGUGGUUUUUUAAUAUAGCAUAAAAAUCCUUUAAAAAACAACAACAGUUGUGUGCCUCUCUG